UGGUAUCAGACUUCUCAGAUAUCACAAUAUGUCGGCAGUCACAUAAUAAUAUAAUAUUCACAUUUUAAGUCAUUCUCAUUUCAAAUUUUCAAACUCACGUCUACCUUUCACAUUCAUAGUUCACACUGACAUUCCAUAUUUCCAACCAACGUAUUAAAUAAGAUUUCAUUAAUUAAUAUUUAAAAUUCCAUAUUUCUGUCAAGUUUGACCGUAAAUCAAUACUUCCAUCUUAAGUAGUGUAUGUUUUUUAUGUCAUGGCGGAAUUAGAAGAUGAUGUAAUUACGGGACCUUCUGAACUAGAUAGAACAUUUGUUUUUGAAGAUGAAGGACAUACACUGGGUUCUCUAUUAACCUAUGUUUUAGAAAGUUUCCCUGAAACAGAUUUCUGUGCUUAUUCCAUAAGACAUCCAUCAGAAAAUAAAAUUUAUUUACGGUUAAAAGUAAAAAAGGGCCACACCGUAGAAGAUAUUUUCAAACGUGGUUUUCAAGAGCUUAACCAAAUCUUAAAUCAUGUUAAAAAAACUUUUAAUAAAGCGAUUUCAGCUUAUGAAGAAACUAAGGCAACUGAAUAACUGAAGUUUUAUAUUGAAACCAUGUGAAUAAAAAUUAAAAAUUGUGUUUUACUAAUAAAACAAAAAUACAAUAGCAA